CCAGUUACUCCCCGUCGAUUAAAGUACGAAUGAUACGCAUUUGUUGGUCAAUUAUUAAAUGAUCAAUGGCAAACGUACAUCGUGUUUAGUUCACGUACGUCUCUUAUUUAGUUUCUCUAGAAGCAACCUUCUAAACCAGUGUGUAUAAAGGUUGCUAUCUAAACGGAUAUUCAAUAAGUGUAUUCUCUUGUGAUCAUUUUUACAUAUAAGUAUAAAAAGUAGUUUAUCAUGAAGCUAUUUUGCAUCUUACUCGCCACUUUCUUUUUCACUGUUGGAUCGUCAGAAUCAAUAUUAACAUGUUUGCAUGAUGCUAACAUACCAUCUAGGUGGGUGGAUAUGAGCCGAAGCUGUACGAAAGGAUUAGAGGAGCAGCUUCACAAAGAAAUUCAAGCUUCUCGUACUUACCUUGCUAUGGGAGCUCAAUUUGCUGAGUAUUCAUAUAAUCGACUUGGAUUUAGUGAAUUCUUUUUUAAAGCUGCUAAUGAAGAAAGAGAGCAUGGAAUAAAAAUCCUUGAAUACUUGUUAAUGCGUGGUGAAUCAGCUGUUGACUUCAACUCACUUAUGAACAUGUUAAUGGAUCCGGUAAGUGCAUCAUGGUCAAAUGGUCUUACAGCCCUUACAUCUGCUCUUGAUUUGGAAACUAAUGUCACACGAAGUAUUCAUAAAGUCAUCCAUACAUGUGAAGAAGAUUCAAAGUUCAAUGAUUAUCAUCUGGUAGACUACCUUACCACAGAGUUCUUGGAUGAGCAAUAUAAAGGUCAGCGUGAUCUUGCUGGUAAAAUAUCAACUUUAAGUAAAAUGAAUUAUGAGUUGGGAGAGUUCUUAUUUGAUAAGAGACUUUUGAUUACAUUAUAUGUAAUAUGUAUAUUAUGUAUAUAUGUAUGUAAUAUUCGAUUACUGUGUCUAAUUUUUAUGCUGUAAGUAAACAAAAAUAGUUGAUCACUUCUAUUCUGCCAUUUAGAGAUAUAAAAUAUAGCAUACUUAUCACAACCAUGUUAUUCUAUGACAUAGAUACAUAUAUGUAUAAAUGGCAACGUAUGUACACAAAAUAUUUUAUCAGUAACAAAUUCGUUUUCUUGAAUUUGUAGCCUAAGACUAGUAGAGUAUAUUACGUUUUAUAAAAGAAAUGUUCAUAAAAAAAUUAAUAAACAGAAUUACAAUGGGA